GUAAACACUUCAUGAAGCACGAGUCAGAGACAGAGAGCGGAAACGCUGCUUACAGCUUUUAAUGAAAGUCUUGCAUUUACGGAUAAAUUGCAUUUUAUUCCCAGUCUAAGUGGAAUUUAGUCCUGAUCACUGAAGGCAUGAAUGCGUUAACCGGAAAGGUUUUGCUCAUGCAGAACUCCCGAGCCUUGGUGCAGGCUGUAUCACUCAUUCGCUCACCUGCAUUAAAGCAACCAGUGUCUCCAGGUGUCUUUGUGUCUGAGAGACAGUACAGAUCCAUGCCUACACAUGGGAUCGGCCGAUAUAAGUAUCUGCUUCCAAAGGAGACGCAAAAGAGGAAGAAGGAAAAAAUUCAGAUGAAGGAGAUCAAGGCAGCAACAGACACUGAGUACGGUGUGCUGAACAUGACUGUCUCCGGCUAUGACAUGACCCUGGUGGAACACUACGCUCAGUACGUCCAUAAACUCUGCAACCGACUUGAUAUCAAAGUGAAUGAAAGCUAUGCCCUGCCUACUAAGAGCACUGAAGUCAUGGUCAUGCCUGAGCAGGGCACCAAGAUGUACGUCGAUGCUAUACUCAGAACUCAUGAACGAGUAGUUCAGAUCAGCCAACUGAAAGCAACGCUGGCUCCUGUGUUAAUGGAGGUCCUUCUCAAAAACCAACCAGAGGGAGUUCAGCUCUCCAUAAACGAGCACACUGAGGCAGAAUACAAAGCCCGCUUUAAGGCCAGACCAGAACUCGAAGGACUUCUAGCACAAAUGAAUUAAAAACUUCAUAUUUGGAUCUAAAGAUGGGAUUUUUGUGUUAAUAAAUGUGUGUGGAUCUGUACUGUA